GGCCAAUGGGAAAGGAGAACGAUGGACGUGAAUAAGGUCUAGUGUCGUUGAGUGUGCCACACAGACAUACUCGGUGGAGGAGUACAAUCCGAAAGAUAAUUUCAGCGAAAUAUGGGAAUAGUUUGGACAUAAUUCAUUCCGUUUUCUGUGAUCUUCAAUCGACAUAUUUGAAUCAUGGUGGUGAAUUCUGUCCAUUGGUUCCGUAGAGGAUUGAGACUAAAGGAUAAUCCAUCUUUACAGGAGGCAUUGGAAGGUGCUGACACGGUUCGUUGUGUUUAUAUUCUGGACCCUUGGUUUGCUGGUUCCGCAAAUGUUGGACUCAAUAGGUGGAGAUUUUUAUUGGAGUCGUUGGAGGACUUGGAUGCAAGCCUUCGAAAACUGAAUUCAAGGUUGUUCGUGGUACGAGGACAACCAACAGAUGUCUUUCCACGUCUAUUCAAGGAAUGGAAUGUCACUCGGCUGACCUUCGAGUAUGACUCAGAGCCCUAUGGUAAGGAGAGAGAUGGCACAAUCCUCAAGAUGGCUCAGGACUUUGGUGUGGAAACGCGCGUUAGGAACUCCCACACACUCUACAACCUGGCCAGGAUUAUUGAGAUGAACAACAGCAUGCCUCCCCUCACCUUUAAACGCUUCCAAGCCAUCGUCCAACGUCUAGAGCUCCCUAAGAAGCCUCUCCCCUCUGUCACCCAGCAACAAAUGGACAGCUGCCCCACAGACAUCUCAGCCAAUCACGAUGAAUGCUACGGAGUCCCCUCCCUUGAAGAACUAGGUUUCAAGACACACUCUUUGGGUCCUGCGACAUGGCGAGGUGGCGAAACAGAGGCUCUAGAGAGACUAAACAAUCAAAUGAACAAAAAGGGCUUUAUUGCACAUUUUCAGCGUCCCACAAUGGGAGCUAGUUCUCUGAUGGCCAGCCCCACGGGGCUCAGUCCCUACCUCCGCUUUGGCUGCCUUUCCUGUCGAGUGCUCUACUACAAGCUCCGAGAGCUUUACAUGAAGGCACGGAAGAACUGCACGCCUCCACUCUCACUAUAUGCCCAACUUAUGUGGCGCGAGUUUUUCUACACGGCCUCCACCAACAACCCCACCUUCGAUCGCAUGGAGGGAAACCCCAUCUGUGUGCAGAUUCCAUGGGACCGGAACCCUGAGGCACUGGCCAAGUGGGCGGAGGGGCAGACAGGCUUCCCCUGGAUCGAUGCCAUCAUGACCCAGCUGAGGCAGGAGGGCUGGAUCCACCACCUGGCCCGGCACGCCGUGGCCUGCUUCCUGACCCGCGGAGACCUGUGGCUGAGCUGGGAGAGUGGCAUGAAGGUUUUUGAAGAGUUGCUCCUGGAUGCAGACUGGAGUAUAAACGCUGGCAGCUGGAUGUGGCUCUCCUGCAGUUCCUUCUUCCAACAGUUCUUCCACUGCUACUGCCCCGUUGGCUUUGGUAGAAGGACGGACCCCAGUGGAGACUACAUCAGGCGGUACAUCCCCAAACUAAGAGACUAUCCCAACCGGUACAUCCAUGAACCAUGGAGUGCCCCAGAAGCGGUACAAAAGGCGGCCAACUGCAUUGUCGGAGUGGACUACCCCAAACCUAUGCUGAACCACGCCCAGUGCAUCCGGCUCAACAUCGAGAGGAUGAAGCAGGUCUACCGACAGAUCUCCAGCUACAAGGGCCUGAGCUUGCUUGGAUCGAUUUCAACAAUCCAGGAAGAGGCAGAGUCAACCAUGACUGAAAGCUCACAGACUCACAGUAGCAUGAGUGACUUGCACAUGCCCUCACUCUCGGGAUGUCAAGGCAAGUCUGCAUUGACGACUCUAAGAGCAUCCCUGCCGCGGAAGAGGAGUCAUCCGACAGAACUGGAACAAGAAUCCAAGAGUUGCAGCCCGACCAAAGUCCAAUGCUGCGUCGGCACAAGUCACAACACCACAAAUCUUUCACAACAAUAACUGACUGUUGGAGACUCAUGUCAAGGACACAAUGCUGGAUGCCCAACUGUAUGGAAGAGCCUCACACCAUCUAUCAUUCUUGCUUUGUUUUUAAUCAACAGCUUAACCUACAACUGAUGACAACAAUGGUGGCAAAACACACAAAUGAAUUAAUAAUUCUUUCAUAAUGAAACUCUAGGUCAAGCUGUUGCAUUCUAUGUAUAUCAUUGAUGUGUUAUUUUAUAGUCUUUGACCUACCGCAACAAUACUUUAAGGGUAAUUUUUAUAGUGAAUUACCAGCGGUAAUAGGACUGUAGAAUGAUUAUUUCUCACAGAUUCUUUAAAAUCCAGAUCUAGUCUGAGUUAAAUUAUCUGUGUUUUUAUUUUCUAAUCAAGAGUUUUUAAAUUGACUCUCCAAAGUCAACUUUUUGUUUUGUGUGUGUCAACCCUCAAACAGGGUGAUUGUUUGCUUCAAGCUUUGUAUGCACAAUAACAGACAUCAUCGUUUGUAACAUCAGAGCUCUGAUGUCAUAAUCUGGGUCUAGAUUGCCCAAAGGCUACGUUUUGUCUCUGACACACAAAGAAUAGGUGUAUCCUAACAGAAAGGGGUUCAGGUUACAAACAGCCAUUGUUUCAGUUCGGUAAAAUGGUACUACAUCUAACCACACAGCAGUUAAAAUGUUUUUAAAAACGGUCCCAUCACCUGUCCUUUAUUAACCAGUUUCAACAUUUUAGGAAAAUCUUCUAAGGAAUGCCAGAGACCAAGUAGGCAUAUUGGCAAUAAAUGAGAAUUGGCUGUAUUCAUAGUAGCAGUUUAAAAAAGCACAUUCUUCCCCUAUCAAAUAAUAUAAGCUUAAUUAUUUUUGAAAGAUUCAUUUUUACCAGCAUGGUUAAACAAAAUAAACAAGCAAAAAAUUGACAGACUUCCUGCCAAUACUUGCAUAUUUUGUGCUGUGCCAAACACAUGAACUCCACCAAUCUCUAUAUAUAACUAGACAGUUAUGUUUUUAAAACCAUAGUAAAUCCAUACAGCUUUACAUGUUUUAUCAUAACCCCCUCACCUCUAUUGCAGUAGGGUUUUCAAAGAUAUGUAGCCUAAGUAAUUCCAAAAUAACACUAAAACCUAUGACACAUUCCAGUCAGACUUUUGCAUGCCCUAUCCUCAGUGUGCUUACACAACACUUUUUCAGAGGAUUUCCCAUACCAUUGUAUACGUAAUAAAGGACUCCUAUCAGGACUUAGCAAAUUUCAAAACAGUGUAAGAUAUGGUUAAUGUCAGAAUGUCUUUACUUGUAAUCAGCUGAAGCAUGUGUGAAUUUAAAUCUGUUUUAGUGUCUUAUUGUAUCAAUGGGUUUAACAAAAAAGACUGCUCUUGUAAAACUGGCACUCCGAGUGAAUAAGUUGUUGUGGAUCUUUUCCCUGACCUGAAAGCCAGAGUUACCAAUAGAACAGUAGCGUUCAUGAAUGAUACUAGACUAAAACCCACACUAAAAUAUGUUUAUUGCCAUUAUGUUAGAUCAGUAACAUUCAAAUUGUCCUCAUCUUCCCAUUGUUCAAACUGGUUUCUCACCUUGUCUUCCACCCUGGGUACAUGUAUGUCAAACAAACGAAACUGUCAGUACAGAUAAAUACAGUAAAUACACAAACCAAGCUUACGUGUCUCGCACGUGUGCCUACCUGAAGAAGGAUGUCUGAAAAAAAAAAUCUGUAAUAACCAGUUCAUUCGCUUUUUUUCAAGCUGUUUCUCAAAUAAUGCUAAUCAACAUAGUUCUGGUCUUACUAGACUAACAUUGACUGUCACUUUAGAAAGUUUGCAAGUGUAUUUUUUAUUUUAUUUAUUCAUGACACAAAAGCCUUAUUUCUUUUUAUUCUGUUGGAGGGGCAGCUUUUGGACUAAUGUGUUUGCAUUAUCGAACAUAAAGAGGGAAACCUAGGUGUAGAAUUAGAUUUUUAUUAAAAAUAAAACAUGCAUCCAUUUGGAAAUGUUUUUCCUCAGUGCAUUGGCAUGGCUGAAGUAAAGCACUCUAUUUAGGCUGUACAAUCAGCACUACAUUUAGAGACCUAUUAUUAUUAUUAUUAUUAUUUAUUUUUAAUUUGUGGAAGAAACUGUUCUCAUGACCUGAACUCGUCACUUAGCUGAGUCUAUUCCAUUCACAAACCCAAAAGUCUAAACCAGGAUGCAAUUCUGUAUUCCAUUCCUAUGUCUAACAUAAUUUCUCCGUAUUGCAUCCUGUAGGUUAUUGUUUGUAUAAUUGUUCAAGGAAGGGAUACAAAUGUGCAUCAAACUUUAUAGGCAUUGUUUACUUCCUCAUGAAGGAAUCAGGCUUUAAAAACAAGUUAGCAUUUAUUUAUUUGUUUUUCUCGAUCAGGCUUUGGAAAACCACUAGUAACUUGUUGAUGUACUUCUUUAUUGCAAGAAAUUUCUUAGCUAACAUCUCAAGCCUCCAGCAGUGUGCAAGACUUGUUAAAGUUUAUUGAGGCAGAUCCAUGCAAGGGCAGAAAUUGUUUUUAAUGCAUGUCAUCAACAAAAGUUCACAUGCUCAACUAACGAUUCAACAUCUUCCAGUUUUCAUCCAGUGUCUCGCUAAAUAAUUGUCUACUUUUACCCCUGUAAUGAUGGCUAUUAAUUUUAUAUUGUUAUUUUUGUUAAAAGAAAUGCAAUCUUAACCAUUGUUUGUCUUUGUUACUAAAUUUGUAAAAGUGUAUUAUAUUAUUCUUUUCCUAAUUAAAUGCUGCUUCAUAUACGUA